GAAGAAACGAGACUUCUUCAGAUCAUCCCCGACACCGCCAUCAUCUCCCAUUCACCGCUGUCCAUCCGAAGAGUCCGUUUUCCUAUACUCUUUCCGCUAGCCAAGCUCAAGGGGACCAUUUUUAAUGUGGGCAAUUGAUUGUAAUUAGGUUUUUAAUCGAGGGUCUGUCAAACGAUGACAUUUACAUUAUGGUCGAAGACGAAUUCUACGCUGUGGCCCAAUCCUUUACGCAACAUCUUCAUUAUGCGGAAUACGCGAAGCGCAAGAAGGAAGUAAAGUUACAGAAUGCUGCGGCGAUUCAGAAUCUGGCCAGGCCGACUGAUGGGGUGACGCCUGUUAGCGACGUCACCAGACGGAGAGAUGCUGCUGAUGCACUUUCCGCACGUCAGAAGGCUGGGCUUGAGCGGAUACGGAGUAAACGGCCGCAGGUGGAUUCUGAAGAAGAGAAUGGAGAGCUAGAGGAUGAAACGUGGGCGGGGACAUCACUACAUGGUCUAAUGAUGAGUCCCAGGAAGGCAAGGUCAUUGGUAGGUAUGCAGGAGAUCAAGUCAUCGACAAGGGCGGCUGCGGGAUUUUCGCAGUCAUCUGGCACAGGGAGAUAUUCAGGAGCGAUUGGCAGUUCGCCACCAAGGAUAUAUGAAGCAGCCAAAAGUAUUGAUGUUGACGAAACAGCUUCGGAAGACGAUGACCUAGAUCUACAACACGAAACACCGAGGCCCACUCAGAAAGCACGUCUCAUUAGUUCUGAUUCCAUGUCGACGAAUUCUCAACAUAGCCCUUUGACCCCUACAAAGGACCGGGGAAGAAAAGUGCAGUCUAUCAAUGCUAGAUACAAGACACCAAGUGUUACCCACUCUAAGAGGAGAUUGCUUUUUGAUGAUGAUUUUGAUGAGCUGCCAGAGCUACAAAAUUCAGACGUACAAGUACAGGGUCGAGGUUCUUCACCGUCUAUCAGGAAAACCCGACAGAAAACUCCACCCCGUGGGAACAAUCCGCAGUCGAAUAAAUCGCGUCUCAACGAAGUUCCAACUUUCCUGCUUUGAAUUCGCAGAUGGUUUAAGCGAGAUUAUUUCAUAGCCAAUCCGGCACCCAUUGAUUCCAACCUG